GCAUCUGAAACGACCACUUGUCUGGAAACAUGGAGAACUUUCCAGAACUUUUGUUUCCUUUUCGACAAAUGGCAGAAACUUCUUACAAUGCCUUAACACAUAAUCUCUCUCUCUAGAACCUUCUUCUCCACCGCCUUGUAUAUAUAUGUACGUCACUCCCACGGUACACGCAACGAACAUUCUCUCAGGGUUCAUUGUUUUUCCUUCAAAAUUUGAUAACUUUCAGACAGAACAGCGAAAUGAAGUGAAGUGAAACGAAGUCUCAAAUGGAAGGAGUUGUAGUAAAAGAAGAGGAAACUCAAAUGACGUUUGCCACAGCUGUUGGGACUACUGCUGGGUUGUCUUCAUCUUCAUCGUCAUCAAAUGUUACUCCUCAGCCGAAGGAAGGGCUUAACGAGGUUGGUCCGCCGCCGUUCUUGACUAAAACUUUUGAUAUGGUGGAAGACCCUUCGACGGAUUCGGUGGUUUCAUGGAGUGAAGCUCGUAAUAGUUUCAUUGUUUGGGAUUCUCAUAAAUUUUCAACCACGUUGCUUCCUAGGUACUUCAAGCACAACAAUUUCUCCAGUUUCAUUCGUCAGCUCAAUACAUAUGGUUUUAGAAAAGUUGAUCCAGAUCGAUGGGAAUUUGCCAAUGAAGGGUUUUUAGGAGGGCAAAAGCAGCUACUUAAAACGAUUAAGAGGAGAAGGAACAUAGUGCAAAGCUCACAGCAUCAAGCUGGAGGAGGAGGAGCUUGUGUUGAGUUAGGACAAUUUGGAUUAGAUGAAGAACUGGAGAGAUUAAAGAGGGAUCGAAGUGUUUUACUAGCUGAAAUCGUGAGAUUAAGACAACAACAGCAGCAUUCAAGGGACCAGAUUGUUGCAAUGGAGGAUAGGUUACAGAGCACAGAGAAGAAACAGCAACAGAUAAUGUCGUUCCUUGCUAAGGCACUUCGAAACCCGACUUUCAUACAGCAACUUGCUCAGAACAGACAGGCUCAAGGCGUCGAAAUCGGACGAAAACGGAGGCUCACGGCGAGCCCCAGUGUGGAGAAUUUACAACAAGAAGCAGUCCCUGUGGUGGUUGAUAAUGAUCAGGUUGAGGAACAAGAAGGAUUGGCAACUAUUGAGACUGAAAUUGAGACUUUUUUCAAUUCUGCCAUGGAUGAUGAAUCAAGUACUGAAAUCAAGGAUCAUAUACCAAGUCCAAUGCCAUUGUCAAGUGUGACUAAUAAUUUGGGUGUUAAUGAAACAUUAUGGGAAGAGUUAGUACAUGAAGACUUAAUAGCUGGUGAGCCAAAAGAGGAAAUUGUGGUUGGUGAUCAAGCUGAAGUUGAUGUUGAAGUUGAGGAUUUAGCAGCAAAUCCUAUUGAUUGGGGUGAUGAUUUGCAAGAACUUGUGGAUCAGAUGGGUUAUCUCAGGCCAAAUCCAUGACCAAAAAACUAAACACAUUAAAUGGAAUGUAAUGGAUGAUGUUGUUGUUCUAGCCCUUUUGAGUUGGUCUCUUUGACACCAUUCCUUGUUUUCUAAAACCGCAGGGAAUGGUGACAGUUGCCAAGGGGUCAACAGAUAUGUUCCCGUUAUUCACCGUAUCCUUUAUUUAAUCAUCAAAAUUUGUCUUCAAUUUCCUUUUCAUAGACUCCUUUAAAGCAUUACAUUAUAUUUAUUUUUGUAAUUUUUCGCAGGCGAAGUGAACAGAGGUUUAUGAAGGAACCCUUUGAAGCCAUGCAUCUUCCACAGGCUUCGAAUUCCACAUUUUUGGUGUUUCUGCUCUAACGCUCGUUUGGUUUCCAUGUUAAUUUCUUAUUUGUGUUUACUUCAUGUAUAUGUGGUCCAUGUAUGUAUACAUUGUGAUUGGCUGGUAUUAGUAAUGGAUUAAGGAUUGAUUAUUUUGAAAGUUGUUUGAUCAAGUGGCAUAGGUCUCAGUCAUGUAAAGAAAGGAAGAUCAAUCCAUGUCACUGAACUAAAUGAACAAAUGUACAACAUAUCCAUGUUAGACAUACCUGUUUCCAGCAUUCGUAUUCGGAUAUAGUGGUCGAGACAUAUGGACAUGAUUGUUGCUAGAUCUUUGUUUUGCCUUGGUAGAUUCUGUCAAGUUCAUAUAAUCUGGUCUACUAUUGCCACUUUGUUCUGUUCUAUCUGUACUACUCAAGGUAGUGUUACCAGAAACAGGUGUAGAAUACGUGCAUAUUGACGAUGAAGCUGAACUUGGAUUGAACCGAAACUCGGUACUUGGACUCGAAGAGGAAUGAGUAACUUGCCCAAUACAUGGAGGCUUUGCAGAAAUCCUAGUGCUGAUAUUGUUCUUUCUGACUUCCACAAAGCAUGGGGAAGAAGAUCUCGCAUUCUUUCCCUCUAAGCAAUGUUUUGAUGGUGGGGCCCGUGAUGGUUCCAUCAACCUUGUCUCCCAUGGCCGGGCCGCCAUCCAACGUUCCAGCCAACUCCAACCCCAACUGUUUUUGUCGAAUUCUUGAUAUUUGGUAUAUAAACCUGAGCUAUUUGUUUGGCUAGUUGAACCAGGCUUUGAUCUCCAUUGCUGAAAAAUUAAAGAACUUUGAAUUACUUAGGGUAUCUUUCAGUUUAUGAUGUAAACAAGCGCACGGAAUUUAGAACGUUUUGAUACCUUCUGAGCAAGAGAAUAAGCUAGAGCUCUUUCUCUCUUGAAGGCUCCUUCUUGCUUCAUUUGCAGCUUUGUUUUAACAUCUUCUAGUGUUCCUUUGCUAUCACACCAGCCAUCCUGAGAACGUAUAAUGCAGUGAUUGGAGUAAAUUUUUCACGCAAACUAAUAACGACUAUUAGCAAAUUGAGUGGUACUACCUCUGCUUGUUUCAAGAUAUCAUCCUUGCUGUGGCAUUCAUCGAGUAUCUUCUGAACUGCCCGUCCUUCUGUUGACAUCCGCACACGACGAGCCCUAACACGAGCUUGGACACGAAUGAGAGCUUGCAUGCACCGAAGCGUUACGGUGGCCUGUUUCCUCACCUGUCGGCCGCGAACUAAUGCUUGAAGCCUCACGAUUCCUUUUAAAGCUCUCAAAGCUCUUCUUGCCUACAUGGACAAAAAAGAGUGAACCGAAAAUUUGAAAAUCAAGAGGUGGAUACAUCAAUACAGAUUUGACAUCACUGUUUUGCUCUGAUUUACCAACUGUUGAAAUUUAAGAAGCAAUUAUAGAAACUUUAUUUUACUUUCA